AUGACCAUCAAUCUGCGUGCAUUAUCAACAAAAGCGUCAGGUCUAGCUGACGACAUUCUUCAUCAGCACCAUGAUGACGCGAGACCAGGGACAUGUGGGAUGGACUUUUACGAGCUUCUUGAAGCUAUUACUUCCUUGAAUCCAACUAAUUCUGAAACAAAACUUGUUAUGGACCUCGCACGAGCCAAGCGUGAAGUAUUUCGGGCACAAAAGGCACUUGCAGAGUGUUUACUACAGGAAAAUGAAGUUUUAUUGAGCUUGCUCAGAUUCCGAGUAGAUGUCACGGGGAAGACACUAGACGAUGCAGACAUGGGCCUGGGCAUGGCUGGUCUCAUUUAUCUGCAAGACAAUGCAAAAGUGAUCAUCAGUGUGCCGGUGCAGAAAAUUCAUUAUCUGCUACGACAGAAGGUCCAAGUGGCCACGCUCUCACUAUCCAGCUUGACUGACCUGUUUGUCAUGAACUGUUUGCACUACUAUAUGUCACAUUAUGAUAUUAGCCUCGUGUACUACUAG